AAUACUAGAGCUCAGAGCUAGCAAUUAUUAAAAAAAAGAUAGUUACUUCAUUAAUUUUUAAUUUUUUGUAAAAUUAAAUCUAAAAAAUAACCUAUACUCAUUACUGAAUGUUUUUUAAAUACAAACUUUAAAUUGUAAAAAACACGACAGAAAUCCGAAAAGGUUAUUAGUUUAAGUACCAGCUUUCUAUCAGUUUUCCACGCCCAUUGAACGACUCGGAACUCAGAAGCGGCGUGGUCUCAUGAAAAAUUAUUACUUCAUUUCGGAAAAAUGGAUACCAGGGAGCUGACGGAAGUGUUGCGUGCUACAAUCGACCCUAAUCAGAGACAACAAGCAGAAGAGCAGCUCGAUCGGAUACACAAGAUAAUCGGAUUUGCACCCUCACUGCUCCAAGUGGUCAUGCUAAAUGACGUUCCGCUGCCAGUGCGACAGGCUGGGGUAGUCUAUUUGAAAAAUCUGGUGACAUCAGGAUGGCACGAGAAGGACCACGAGGAUGGAGAGCCCAUUCCGUUCAGCAUUCAUGAACAAGACCGAGCAAUGGUUCGAGACGUCAUGGUGGACGCGGUUGUCGAAGCCCCGGACAUGAUUAGGGUGCAGCUAUGUGUCUGUCUCAAGACUAUGAUCAAACAUGACUUCCCGUCUCGUUGGCCACAGAUUGUUGAUAAAAUUCACAUUUUCCUGCAAAACCCUGAGCCGAAUAGUUGGAUGGGGGCUCUGUUAUGCCUUUAUCAGUUGAUAAAAAACCACGAGUACCACGGAACAGAGAAGAGGUUGCCGCUAAUAGAAGCUAUGAACUUGUUACUGCCUAUGCUCUAUAAUCUCAUAGUGAAUCUGCAGGCCGAUCUAUCCAUGGCAUCUAUGCUUCUGCAGAAACAGAUACUCAAAUGUUUUUAUAGUUUGAUAAAGUAUAUUUUGCCUCUGAGUUUGAUCACCAAAGAGGUUUUUACAAAGUGGAUGGAGGUGUUGAGGUCAGUCCUAGAGCAGGCGGUGCCGGAGCACACUCUGCAAGUGGAGGAGAGUGAGCGUGUGGAGUUGCCUUGGUGGAAAUGCAAGAAAUGGGCGAUCCACACACUGUACAGACUGUUUGAAAGGUACGGGAGCCCUGUGAAUGCCUCUGAAGAGUACAUAGAGUUCUCCGAGUGGUAUUUAACAACGUUCACUGGAGGGAUCCUGGAUGUAUUGCUGCAGAUACUGGAUCAGUACAGACGAAAAGUAUAUGUAUCACCGAGAGUGCUGCAACAAAGUAUAAGUUACAUAGAUCAGUGUGUUAGCCACGCUCACUCCUGGAAAUUGUUAAAACCGCACAUGUUUGGUGUCAUACAAGAUGUAAUCUUUCCACUCAUGUCGCAUUCAGCGUCUGACAGUGAAUUAUGGCUUAAUGAUCCACAUGAGUUUAUUCGUUUAAAAUUUGAUAUCUUCGAAGACUUUAUCUCACCUGUCAAUGCAGCGGAAUCACUUCUCAUGUCAUGCUGCAAAAAACGAAAGGGUAUGUUGGAGAGAACGAUGCAACUAUGCAUGCACGUGCUUACUGGUCAAGGUGGGGAAUAUACUCCAAAUCAGAAGGAUGGUGCCUUGCACAUAGUGGGCACGUUGAACGAUAUUCUGAUGAAGAAAAUGUUUUACAAACAGGAAAUAGACUCAUUGCUUAGUCAGUAUGUUUUCCCUGAAUUUCACAGUCAAUUGGGUUACAUGCGAGCUAGGGCUUGUUGGGUUCUUCACCGUUUUGCUGAUGUUCACUUCAAAAGUGAACCACUACUGGUUGAUGUCGUACGGCUCACAGUAAACGCCCUGCUGCAUGAUUCAGAACUACCUGUGAAAGUGGAAGCAGCUAUUGCACUCCAAAUGCUUGUUUCAUCUCAGGAAAAAGUAUAUAUAUUGUUAGAACCACAAGUUGCAGCAGUCACAUUUGAACUUCUUCAAAUCAUACGUGAAACUGAGAAUGAUAAUAUUGCAAAUGUGCUACAAAAGAUUGUGCCGCUGUACACUGAAAAACUCACACCCAUGGCGUGCGAGAUCAUGGACCAUCUAGCUACGACCUUCAGUAAAGUCAUAGAAGCUGAUUCUGAUAACGACAUGGCAAUGACGGCUAUGAGUCUUCUAAAUACUAUGCAAACUUUACUUAACGUUAUGGAGGACUCUCCUGAAAUAAUGGUGCAAUUAGAAAAAAUAGCCUUACGCGUUGUUGGACAUAUUCUGCAUCACACUAUCAUAGAGUAUUAUGAAGAAGCUAUGUCACUGAUCUGUAUUUUAACCUCAAAGACAAUAUCAGAAGACAUGUGGAAAGCUUUUGAGAUGUUGUAUCAGGUAUUUGAAAAGGAAGGCUCCGAUUACUUCACAGAUAUGAUGCCAGCCUUACACAACUAUAUAACAGUUGACACUAAUGCCUUUUUGUCAAAUGAGAAUCAUGUACUGGCUAUGUUCAACAUGGCAAAAGGAGCCUUAACCUGUACAGAGGAAGAUCAAGAUGAAGUUUAUGCUGCUAAACUUCUCGAAGUGAUAGUCCUGCAAUGUUCUGGUAAAAUUGACAACUGCUUAUAUUCAUUUGUUGAGCUUGUCCUUGGCAGGCUCACGAGAAAAGUCACUACUACAGAACUUAAAGCUAUGCUGCUUCAGGUGUUGAUAGCCAUUGUUUACUGCAAUCCACACCUACUCUUCACAAUUCUAAACAGCCUUCAAGAGUCUUUCCCUAAUGCGUCUAUAACUCAACACUUUAUUGAACAGUGGAUACAUGACGCUGACAUCUUUAUGGGAUUACAUGAUAGAAAGUUGUGUGUGCUUGGCCUCUGUACUCUCCUUGAAAUGGGUCCACAAAGACCGAACCUUGAGAAAGUUUUGCCAAAAAUUAUUCCCUUUUGUUUGGUAUUGUUCGAUGGAUUGGUACAUGCAUACGAAGCUAAGGCUGAAGCAGACCAUGAUACAUCGUCAUCAGAAGAAGAUGAUGACGAUGGCGAAGAGGUUCUUUCGAGUGAUGACGAUGAUGUCGAUCAAAUGAGCAGCGAUUACCUUGAACAUCUUGCGAAGACGACUACGAAAACCGUGACUCAGCAUGGUAAUAAUGUAACUGCUAAAAUUGAAGACGACGAUGCUGAUGACGAUGAUGAUGAUGAUUACGAUGAGCACGAACCAGACAUACUCGCCAUUGAGUGUUACACCACCCCUCUAGACGAAUCGAGCUGCAAUGGCGUUGAAUACAUUAAGUUCAAAAAUACAUUAUCAAAUUUGUCAGUCAGUGAGCCAACAUUGUACCAUGCACUAACAAGUGGGUUGACAGAGGAGCAACAGAAGAAGUUGAACGCAGUAUUUGUUUUGGCCGACCAACACAAGGCUCAACAGGAUAGCAAACUCAUCGAACAAAUUGGAGGUUAUUCGUUUACCGUACCAGCGCAAGUUCCGACUAUGUUUAAAUUUGGAUCAUAAAUAAAUAUUUUUAUUUAA